AUAUAUACACACGCAUCUUUUCCGUCAAUUAUAACAACACAAAUCACACCUUCACCCUCUGCACACAUUUCCAAUUAAACCCAAUUUCAUAAACCCUAAUUUCGCCAUCCAACUAAUCUUCAAAAUUCCAUCACCAGAUCACCCUCAACAUCCCGAUCAACCUCCAUUUCUGCGUUUCCUCAAGAUGAUUGGUAAACUAUAAAAAUGUCGAAGGGGACCGUUGAAAAUAUGGCUACACUAAGCACUGAUCUAUUUUACGACAUACUGAAACGGCUAGAUGGUGCAACCCUAGCAAGUGCGUCGUGUGCAUGUGCAGCAUUUAGUUCAAUGUCAAAGGAAGAAAGAUUAUGGCAAAAUGUGUGUUCUUCAAUGUGGCCUUCAACAAAACGAGACGAUGUUAAAAAUUUAAUAUCACAAAUCGGGGGUUUUAAAAAGUUUUAUGCAGAUUGUUUCCCGCUUAUUGUAAACAAGAAUGUUUCUGAGUUUACAUGGAGAGAUUACCCCGAGUAUCCUGAAGAACUUACUGAAGCCGAAUAUUAUGGUGAUUUUGAUGAAUCUCAAAAUGUUUCACCUUCUGAUUUUGUGUUCAUAGUGGAUGUUAGAUAUAAAGAUAAAUCAAUCUGCUCAAAAGUUAUAUGGGGUAUACCGAAUGCUAAUGGUUUUAACGGUUGGUUUUCCAAUUGCCCGUUUCGGAUUGAUCUUUUUUCCUUUUCGGGUCAAGGUGAUGAUCAUACAGGUGGCGUUACUCUUUCCAUAGAUGACGGUCUACCUCUCGUAACCUCCAUGGAAAGAGAGAGAAAAGACGGGAAACUUUGGCAAGAACUACGUGAUGGGAUCAGGCUGAGCUGGAUAGUGGUGAACACAAAAGCCAAAAAAGCAGCCAAUUUAUCUAGCUGGAGCCCAUUGGGUGGUCAAAGACAUUGGCCCACAGAAAAAGACUUUUUGCUUCGGUUCGGGUCCAUCCUUCCAGCCGAAGACAUUCUUCCUUGCCAAAUGGUCGAGUGCAUUCUCGCCAUGAAGUUUCAGGUAACCGAGGCUAGUGGGGUCCAGACGACCCUUAAAUUGACGGAGCUCUGCAUGCAGUUGGGUGACAUGGAAGGUGCACAUGUUAAUGGAAGAAACAGUCUACUUGUGCUUAAUGAAGCAUUGAGUUGUAAUAGAAGCAAGAAUUAUAAUUUGGCACUGGAAUCUUGUCAUUUAUAUUCAAAAGUGCAAAGUGAAAUUAAGGAAGAAAAAAUGAGAUAUGAGAGCAGGUUGGAUAAGCUCUGGAUUUUAGGUGGCAUAACAGUUUUUGUCACAUUAUUUUGUUAUUUUAUGUAAAAUUAAAGGUUGGCUAUUGGUUGUUAAUCUUUCUUUUCUUUUCUUUUUUAGAACUUUUUGUGCUGUAAAUUUUCUUCGUGUGUGCUAAUAAAAGUGUAAAAAAAAUAUGAAAUUCAAAAUUA